AUGGCUGAACCACACAAGAAACGACGCCUUUCUGACGAAGGUGUUGCUCAAGACACCGAAGUCAAGAUGGACGAGCCCAAGACCGAGACUGCCGCAACUUCAACAGCGGCCAAGCCCAACAGAACCCUUUUCGUUCGAUCCCUACCAGCCUCGGCCACGACAGAGAGCCUGGCAGAGUUCUUUUCGCAGUCAUACGUCCUUAAGCACACCGUCGCUGUCAACAAUCCGGAGACAAAGCAAUGCAAGGGUUAUGGUUUCGUAACUUUUGCUGACCUCGAGGAUGCCCAAAGUGCCGUGGAGGAGCUGAACGGAGCCGACUUUGAAGGAAAGAAGAUCCGUGUUGAAUAUGCCCAGCAGCGUCAUCGUGAGAUCGACGAAAAGCUCGGAAAGAGCAAACCGGCCGCGAACUCGCAAAAGGCCAAGCAGGAGCGUGAAGAUCAGCAAGCGUCCAACCAGCCUCCCAAAUUGAUCAUUCGCAACUUGCCCUGGAGCAUCAAGACGACAGAUGACCUGGCCCUCCUGUUCCGCAGCUUCGGCAAGGUCAAGUGGGCCGAUCUACCCAAGCAAAACAAUAAGCUCCGUGGUUUUGGAUUCGUCAUCUUGCGCGGCAAGAAGAAUGCCGAGAAGGCGCUCGAGGCAGUCAAUGGCAAGGAGAUUGAUGGUCGCACAUUGGCUGUCGAUUGGGCUGUUGACAGGGAAACAUGGGAGAACGUGAAGAAGGAGGAUGAGGAAGAGGAGGAAAACAAGGAAGAUGAGGAUGUGGACAUGGAAGACAAGCCGUCCGCCGAGGAUGACGAGGACGAAACCUCAUCUGACGAAGACGAUGACGAAGAAGAGGACGAUGCGGAAGACGAAGAUGAGGAUGAUAUAGAUGAUGACUUUCAAGAGCAGGUCGACAAGGAGGAGAUUGAGGACGACCGCCACGCUUCGACUAUUUUCCUUCGCAACCUACCAUUCACCUGUACCGACGACUCACUCUAUGAGCACUUCACCCAAUUCGGCCCACUUCGAUACGCCCGCAUUGUAGUCGACCAAGAAACCGAGCGCCCCCGAGGUACUGGAUUCGUCUGCUUCUGGAAGCCCGACGACUGCGCUACCUGCCCCCCAAAACAACAAGAUACCCUUGGUGCUGACAAGGAGCGCUCCAAACCGGCCAUGAAGCACUCGGUCCUCCAAAACGAGAACUCCGACCCGACUGGACGAUACACCAUGGACGGCCGAGUCUUGCAUGUCGCCCGUGCCGUGAACAAGCGCGAGGCUGCCAAGCUGAACGAAGAAGGUGUUUCUCGCCGUCUGGUCCGCGACAAGGAUAAGCGCCGUCUCUACCUGCUGUCUGAGGGUACUAUUCCCUCCAACUCCCCUCUCUACAAGAAGCUUUCUCCCUCCGAAAUCAAGAUGCGCGAGGAGAGCUACAAGCAGCGUGAGAGCUUCAUCAAGAAAAACCCCGCCCUCCACCUCAGUCUCACCCGUCUUUCUAUCCGCAACAUGCCUCGCCACGUCACAUCAAAGGACCUCAAGCAGCUUGCCCGUGAAGCCGUUGUCGGUUUCGCCAAGGACGUCAAGGCCGAGAAGCGUCAACCCCUUUCGCGGGAGGAACAGCAACGCUCUCGCGAUACCAUGAAGGAAUUGGAGCAUGAGCGUAAGGAGAAGAAGGCCGGUAUCGUACGCCAGGCCAAGGUUGUCUUCGAGACCCGCGAGGGUACCAAGGUGCCCGAGAAGGCCGGCGGUGGUCGCAGCCGUGGUUACGGUUUCAUUGAAUACUAUACCCACCGUCACGCCCUGAUGGGUCUGCGAUGGCUCAACUGCCACCCGAUCGAGAUCCCCGCAAACGCCGACUCUGACGAAAAGGACAAGAGGAAGCGAUUGAUUGUCGAGUUCGCCAUCGAGAACGCACAGGUCAUCAAGCGCCGUCAAGAGCUGCAAGAGAAGAAGAAGCAGCAAGCCAAGGAGAGGGCUGAGAAGGCUGGCAAGGAAGAGGAAGAAGAUAAGUCACAACAGGGGCAGAAGCGCAAGCGCUCAGAAAGCCGCGGGAAGGGCAAGGAUGGCAAGCCAGAGGAGGAAGGGGAGGAUGAAAAGGUCGCAAAGCGUAAUCGCAUUAUUGGCAAAAAGCGUGCGCAGCGCAAGGCCCGUGGUAAGAAGGCGUGA